UCCACUGUCAGUCAGCCUGUUCCACUUUGUCCUGCUGCUCUUCUUUACCACUGAGAGCUGCAAAGCCCCAAAGAUAAUAAUAAUAAGUGCGUGCGCAGCAUGUGGCAGAAAAUAAUAAAUAGAUUUAUGUGCAAUUGUCACAUUUAAUACAUUUACAGAGCGAGCUAGUGAAUUCAUUAUUACACCAUAUGCUAAUGCAGCUGGAUCUCUCUCUCUCUCUCUCUCUCUCUCUCUCUCUCUCUCUCCGCGUGCGCACUGAGCUUUGAAGUGUAACCAAUAACUGCUGACCUGGAGUCAGUGAUGUCGACUGAAUCUACGCCGUGAAAUGUGAGCUCUGAGAGCUCCGAGCUGAGUAUUGUUCUCCGCCUCCCCGUUCAGCUGCUCUCCGGCGCGAUUUGUCGGACAGAGAAAACCCGGAAAGCGAAGCUGAGCCACUGACUGGGUCAGGAAGGAAGGAUCGUGCAAAAAAAACCAAACUACUUCAACCGUGAACACAUAUUUUCGACGUUACCAAGAAGAUUCCCGUUAGCGAAAGGUCGGACAGCCGGACGCACGGCGCAGAAACGCGUCUGGUAUCAGCUGGAGAUCAGCAGCGACCCCUGAUCACAUGGAUGCAGACCGCGUCUGCAGGAAUGAGGAGGUGCUGAUGCAUCAUGGCAGGGUGGAUAAGCCCGAUGUGCGCACUGAAACAGGUUGGUUUCGUCGCGAUCAAACUUCGGACGCGGUUCGAUUCGUGCGCAUUUGAAGAACUGGCUGGUGGCUCGUGGCGGCGCGCCGGCUGAUGACAGCAGCACACGGUGUAUUAUGGGAAACAGCCGUAGCAGCACCUACUGGACUUUUCCUGUAUUUAGAAGAGUCUGUCUGUGUAUCUUUGUGAAGGUCAUCAUACAUCUGUGAUCCUCGAACCUGCAGACCUACUGUGACUCUACAGGAAAAAGAAAAAACCCUGCAGAUGGACCCUCUGUGCAAUGGAGCCAUGAAAGCGGAGGGCGGCGAUCCUGUUUCAGACCACCAGCCCCCUCCUGCAAAGCUGGUUCGCCUCGAACCAAAUGAGGCCGGACCCUCAGCCCAAGAGAGCAGCAGGCAGGGGAGUCCGGGAACCAAAACCUCAUCUGCGCCCCACAAAGUCACCGCGCUGAGACCGCAGAGCAAGAGUUGGCACAGCAAAGGGAGCCUGUUGCCGGUGUUCUGCGUGGUGGAACACAGGGAGAGCCCUUUGAAGGGGGACAGGAAAGAGGAGCACGCUGAGUUUGUGCUGGUUAAGCGAGACCUGCUGUUUAACCAGCUGAUCGAGAUGGCACUACUGACUCUGGGCUACUCCCACAGCUCAGCCGCGCAGGCCAAAGGUCUGAUCCAGGUGGGCAGGUGGAACCCCGUGCCUCUGUCGUCUGUGACAGACGCCGCCGACGCCACAGUGGCCGACAUGCUGCAGGACGUUCACCACGUCACCACCCUUAAAAUCCAGCUCCACAGUUAUCCCAAUUUGGAGGACCUCCCACCUGAGCAAUGGAGUCACUCCACUGUAAGAAAUGCUCUGAAGGAGCUCCUCAAAGACAUGAACCAGAGCUCCCUUGCCAAGGAAUGUCCAUUAUCUCAGAGUAUGAUAUCAUCGAUUGUAAACAGCACUUACUAUGCAAAUGUCUCAGCUGCCAAGUGUCACGAGUUCGGCCGAUGGUACAAGCAUUUCAAGAAGAUUAAAUGCUAUAAAGAUACUGACAGUUUUUCUGAGCAGUCUACUCUUACUACCAUCACCCAAAAGCCAGGCACAGGUAGCACAGCUGAGCAGAGCUCAAGUCUGCUUUUUCCUCGCAGAGGAGUAGCCAACAUUUGUGGCCGUUCCCCGCUCAGUCUCCGCCCAUCCGGGCUGGUGACUCAACCUCUCACCUCCCAACUGGUCAGCCAGCAGCUGGUGAUGGCCCAGUUUCUCAACCAGCAGUAUGCGGUUAGCCGUAUGCUAGCCGGACAAGGUCUCUCACCCCCCACACAGCAGUAUCUCAGCCACCCCCCUGUGGGAAGGGUUCCUACUAAAGUAUUCUCCAAACCUCCCGACUCCCAAGCGCCGCAGCCAGCACAGUGCGGAGGUGUAGCAGGGCUGCAAAACCAGACCUCAGCUGGAUCAUUGGCAGGACCACCCGACGUGCCCAGUGACAUCUACCACUGCGUGAGGGAGGAGUUGAAGCGAGCGGGCAUCUCCCAAGCCAUCUUUGCCCGAGUGGCCUUCAACCGGACUCAGGGCCUGCUGUCAGAGAUCCUGCGGAAAGAGGAGGACCCUAAGCAUGCAUCCCAGUCACUGCUGGUAAACCUACGUUCUAUGUACAACUUCCUGCAGCUCCCCGAGUCUGAGAGGGAGCGCAUAUACCAGGAGGAGAAAGAGAGAAGUCUGACUGGAUUCACUCCAAGCAACAACAGUAGCAUGUCGCCAAGAUCUACACAGGCACGACUAUCCCCAGUUACAGGAGACAGAGGGCUGAGGACAGACAGCUGUGUCCUCAACGUCAGUUCAUCUAUCUACGAUGAGAUCCAGCAUGAAAUGAAGAGAGCAAAAGUAUCUCAAGCUAUGUUUGCAAAGGUGGCUGCUUCUAAGAGUCAGGGGUGGCUGUGUGAGCUGCUGCGUUGGAAAGAAGACCCCAGCCCGGAAAACCGGACAUUAUGGGAGAACCUGUGCAUGAUUCGCCGGUUCCUCAGCUUGGCCCAGACAGAGCGGGAUGUCAUCUAUGAACAGGAGAGCUGCAACAUGAGUACACAGCAGCACUGCAGCGACAGGAUUACCCUGCUCAGCAACGACAGCAUGCUGUAUCAACGCAAUGCUGCACUGCCACAGCAACACCAUCUUCAACCCCAUCAACCCUUGCAGCCUGAGUCGGUACCUCACCUGUCUCCACGGCAACCAUGCACUGCAUCACCUGCUGAGUCUGAGGCAGGAGGCAACUGGGGGCACUUGAAAGUAUGUUUUCAAGGAAGGAAGAGCAACGGUGAAAGAGAGGAGAGUACAGACAGGGGUUGUACCGACACGGUAAAGAGCAAAGUUACAGAGAGUAGCGAUCAGGUGAAUGAUGAAGAUGUGGGAGCUGUUUUUAAUGAGAACACUGAAGAUGACAGAGAUGGUAGCAUUAAGGAGAGCUUUUCUCCCAGUUGGCAUGCUGUAAAAGAUGAGGGGGAACAUAGUUUUAGUGUUUGUGGAAAGGCAGAGAAUGAGGACAGAGGUGAUGAUGGAGUCAAGGCUGAAGGGUUAAAAGUGUCCCAUGAAGCCCUGGGAAUCCUUCAUAGCUUCAUGAGGGAUGUUGGGCUCAACCCUGAUGAGGAGGCGGUUCACACCCUGUCAGCUCAGUUGGAUCUGCCCAAACACGCUAUCCGGAGCUUCUUCCACAGCCAGUUCCAAGGACAGCUUGAGGACCGAGGGCAGCAUGAGGAUAGAGGACAGCAUGAAGACCACAGACAGCUUCAAGACCAUGGACAGUGUCAGGACCAUGGACAGUGUCAGGACCAUGGACAGUGUCUGGUCCACAAUCAGGGCGAAAAACACAGUCGAAACAACCAGCACGAUUGUUCAGAACCAUACCUGCUCCAGGACGGAAGAACUCUGAAGAAAGAAGGUCAUUCCCAUCCAAAGACUGAAAAAGAUGACGAGGAAGAGCAAAGUAAUGAAAGCUUGAUGACUGUUUUGAACGAGCUGGAAGUUGGCACUCAGACUAUCACCACUAUGAAGGAGGAGCAUGAGUAUGGCAUUUAACCCAGUAGAGUGACAAAAUCUGGUUGAGCCAUAUGCUUUUCUGCUUCAUUCACCACAAACACGGCCACUGCUACAUACUGAGCAAGACUGACUCACAGUGUUCUAAUAUCGCUCUGUUCUGUACAUGUGUUCUACUGACGUCUAGCUGCAUCUUAGUGGAAGGACAGCUGUGUUGACAGAAGAUAUUAUGCAGCACUUUUGCAUUGUCACGUUAAACCUACUAUAGCAACUUUAAUUAGAGAGCUGUUCUGUAAUGUGAAGAUGCCAAAUGAACCAGUGACAGGAAA